AUGGGGAACACGUUAAGCGAAGCUCUCUGGGGGAAACCAGAGGUAGUGUACGUUGACAAGUACAAGGAUAUCACUGAGGAAAAAGUCCGCGAAGCCAAGGAAAAGAAAGCUAGACAGCUGAGGGAGCAGGCUGAGCGGGAACGUAGGGAAAUACAAGAGGCUGAGAGGCGAGAAGAGGAAAGGCGAAGGCAGCAGCAACAACAGGAGGAGCAGGAGAAACAGAAGGAAGCAGAACGUCUCAGACGACUGCAGCAGGAAUCACGCGGCCAGAAAAAGAAGCUGCUCCGCUACAACUUUGGCGACAAGCAUGGUUUGCGUAACUUUGCAUCCAUUGACAAACGCGACAUACAGCGAAGUGGCUUACGGAUUGGCGUGAUCGGGCCAACAGGGUCCGGAAAGAGCAGCUUCAUCAACACCUGUGAACGCGCCAUGAAACUAACCGAGAAGGGGACUUGCGAGACGCAAACAAGCGGGGCGGAAGGCACAACCAUCGUCCAAGAGUACCUUGACGACAUCGGUAGCAAGUUCUGCUUAGUCGACACUCGCGGCUUCUUCAACUACGGUGAGAAGGAGUUCACAGCCAUGACUAACAUCGUGUAUGGACGGCUCAGACCGGGCGAGAAGAUCGACCUCGACAGUGCGGAAGAAGCGGGUAAAGACGACAGCUGGGAUGCCUUCUCCAACGGGCUCCACGCCAUAGUUAUCGUCCUAGCAGCCACUCACAAAGACCCUCUACUUUAUAGCGGACAACACAUGACCAACCUGAACACGAUCCGAGAAUUUAUGAAGCCAAGAGGUAUAUCCCCAGUGACUGUUGUAACACACGUUGACCAGGUCAGAGACGAGAAGGAGCUUAACAAAAUCAAACUGAAGGCGUCUGCUGCAACAGGAAGCCCUCCGAGCCACGUCUACUUCAUCGAGAACUACCAUCCCGGCCACAACGACCGAGACUUCAGUAUUGAGCUACGGGCGAUGGAAAUACUCAACUCUGCGCUCUUGGUGGGGGAGAGGUACGUGAGGAUUCACAAGCAGCAACAGCAGUACGCUGCAGAGGAGAGGCAAGCAGCUGCCGUUCAGUGUGGGGCAAAUGAACCUAUUGAAGGAUUCUUCCGUCGUCUUUGCGACACCAGACACAUUCCGUAUGACAAGACGGAGUCAGUCAUCGCUCACUUGAAGGAAGAAGACGUUACAACGGCCAAACUGCUCCGAGACAACUGGGACGACUUGGAAGCCGAGCUGCAGAUUACUUCGCGAAUGAAAACAUACGUCAGAGAAAUGUUGUUCAAGUAGCAAAGAACAAAGAAAUCAAUCGCAUUAGAUUUUUAAAUAUAGGCGUCCCUAUCUGUGUUGUAACAUUCUGUUCACACCACCUUAUAUUUAC